GCUGAAGCAACCACUUUAGAACAGCAUGUUAUGUAAUCUUCCCAAGUAGCAGUUUCAUAUUAUAAUUUUUGAUUUUAACUAGCUGCAUCUACGUUUUACGUCAGACAGUGUUCUAAUUUUAGAAAUUCCUGAUCAUCAUCUCGAAUUCCAUUCAAACACUACAUGAGGCUUUCUCAAUGGCACAUGAAAAUGGUUGACCACAACAAAAUAAAAUGGACAUUUUACCUCUUCAUCGUGUUAAUUGUCUUAUUUACACUUCAGUUCGAAAUGAAGUUAUUUUCAUCUCUGACGUGCGUCUUUAAAUCAGAUAUGCAGCAGCCAUACCAUAGGAAUGUCAUCAUAUUCGAUGGAGGCAGUACUGGAACCAGAAUGCAUAUAUAUCGAUUUUAUUUCGAUUCAAGAGGUCUACUUUCCAUCCAAAGUGAAAUUAAAAGGAGAAGUAAACAAGGACUUUCCAAACUUGCUCAUAAACCUUACAAAGCAGCUAGUGUUGUCUCUUAUUUGUUGAAAAGAGCCGAAGAAUACAUCCCUUACGAAGAAUGGAAUGAAACAAGUGUAGCCUUCAUAGCUACGGCUAGUUUUAGAACACUUGCGAAAGAAGACACAACUUCUGUUUUAAGAGAGAUAGCGAAGGUGAUUGAAAUUUCUCCAUUUCUUCAUAAUAACGAAAGUGCAACUAUACUUUCAGGAGAAAAAGAAGCUCUUUAUGCGUGGUAUGCUUUGAAUUUCCUAUUAGAUCAGCAGAAUGAUGCCAGUCAAACCACUGUAUUAUUAGAUGUUGGAGGACAGUCAGUGCAAAUUGCUUUCGCUGAAGAUAAUCAAAAUAUCGAAUAUAAAUCCUUGACUAAUCUCCAACAAAAAUCUAUGACUUUAUACACCCGAAGUUAUUUAGGUAUUGGUCUUGUGAAUGCAGGGUUCUCUCUUGGUCACAUUGUGCCUCGUCCUAGACAAGUAGCUUUGUUCGAAAAAGAUGGGAAAAUCUCAUUUUUUAGCCCAUGCAUGCAUCCUAAUGAAACGUUUUUCACGGAGCAGAAUUUUAAAGGAAUACUUGUAAAGAAUCAAACUAAAAGAGAAUAUGGUUUUGACAACUGCUACGAAGCUGCUGUUGAAUUUUUAGGUGACAUUAUCCAUAAACCCAUUGAUUUUGAAAAGCAAGAAAUCUACGCACUUUCGGCUCUGGUUAAUCGUGCGGCUGCGUUCAAACUCAUUGACAAGAAAGGUAAUAACAAUUGUACUGUUAGUCAGUUUGCCAAUGCCUGCAAAGAUUAUUGUGAGAAUUCAAUACCUGUACAGCCAUUCCUUUGUCUUGAAUGUACUUAUAUUACGGUACUUUGGAAGCAUGGAUUAGAACUUAAAGACGAAAAAGUAAUCAAG